AUGGGCCCGGAGACCACCUUCCUUGAGGGAUGGGCCGAGGACUCGGCUACUCCCCUGACCAUAAAUGGCUUGGCCAGCGCUCUCUUGGAGCCACCUCUAGCCCUGUCACCCUUGCUCUCCCAGUUGGAUGUCCCUGCAAAUGCAAGACACAAGCCAAGAACUCCAGAGAGAAAGGAGCCUGCGGAGGACAGUGUUUGGAGAAGGUUCUUGGGAGCUGUCGGAAUGAGUUUUUCGCUGAACUUCACGCUGCCGGCCAACACGAAUCUGACUCUGCUUUUCUCUCUGUGUCAGGACUGUGGGCCUUCCAUUGGAUUAGCCGCAGGCAUCCCGUCUCUGGUGGUCACAGCCCUGCUGGUAGCUUUACUGUUUACUCUCAUUCACCGAAGAAGAAGCAGCGGCAGGGAGUCCACUGAGGAAAGUGAGAGGCCAUAUGAAAUUUCAGAAAUUGAUGACAAUCCCAAGAUAGCUGAGAAUCCUAGGAGACCACCCACACGUGAGAAGAAUAUGAUGGGAGCAGAGGAAGCACACAUAUAUGUGAAGACUGUGUCAGGAAGCGAGGAGAUCAUGCCGGACACUUAUCGUCCUACUGUGGAGGUGGAGAGAAGGAGGGGACUGUGGUGGCUUGUGCCCAGACUGAGCCUGGAAUGAUGUAGCUCAGAGAGCAGAACUGGAGCUGGAAACCGGGGGAUCUGAGCGCGGAGUGAGGAGAGAUGCGAAGCUGCUUCAUAACCAAUCCAAACUUCAUUGACAGAUCUGGAAAACUUUUGGAUUGGCUUGUUUCUUUGAGGACAGAUCUGACAAGGUUCAUUCCAGCUCUCAGAUCUUGUGGUUUAAGAAGCAGCGAACCACCAAGUGAGAUCACUGUGCAUCCAGAAGGAGCCCUUGGGUCCUGUUCCUGACCCCAGCA